CUGCGCCCCCAGGUGUGUGACUCAGACACGGUGCUGGACCCCGCCUGCACCGCCGAGAUGCUCCGCAUCCUGGAGGCCGACCCCGGCGUGGGCGGCGUGGGUGGCGACGUGCAGAUCCUGAACAAGUACGACUCGUGGAUCUCCUUCCUGAGCAGCGUGCGCUACUGGAUGGCCUUCAACGUGGAGCGCGCCUGCCAGUCCUACUUCGGCUGCGUGCAGUGCAUCAGCGGCCCGCUGGGCAUGUACCGCAACGCGCUGCUGCAGCACUUCCUCGAGGACUGGUACCACCAGACCUUCCUGGGCACCAAGUGCAGCUUCGGCGACGACCGGCACCUCACGAACCGCGUCCUCAGCCUGGGCUACCGCACCAAGUACACGGCCCGCUCCAAGUGCCUCACGGAGACGCCCACCCGCUACCUGCGCUGGCUCAACCAGCAGACCCGCUGGAGCAAGUCCUACUUCCGCGAGUGGCUCUACAACGCGCUCUGGUUCCACAAGCACCACCUCUGGAUGACCUACGAGUCCGUGGUGACCGGCUUCUUCCCUUUCUUCCUCAUCGCCACYGUGAUCCAGCUCUUCUACCGCGGGCGCAUCUGGAACAUCCUCCUGUUCCUGCUCACGGUGCAGCUCGUGGGCAUCAUCAAGGCCACCUACGCCUGCUUCCUGCGGGGCAGCGCCGAGAUGAUCUUCAUGUCGCUCUACGCCCUGCUCUACAUGUCCAGCCUGCUGCCCGCCAAGAUGUUCGCCAUCGCCACCAUCAACAAGUCGGGCUGGGGCACGUCGGGGCGCCGCACCAUCGUGGUCAACUUCGUGGGGCUGCUGCCCGUGUCCGUGUGGGUGGCGGUGCUGCUGGGCGGGCUGGCCUACACCGCCUACAGCCAGGACCUGGUGAGCGACACCGAGGUGGCCUUCCUGGUGUCGGGCGCCGUGCUCUACGCCUGCUACUGGGUGGCCCUGCUCAUGCUCUACCUGGCCAUCGUGGCGCGGCGCUGCGGCAAGCGGCAGGAGCAGUGCGGGCUGCCCUUCGCUGAGGUGUGA